GAAGAGUUCAUUGGACCGAGUCGCCGAGGUGACCCAAAGACGCGACGACCCGAAUGCGAGUAGCGAAUCUUCUUGUCCUGAAUCUCCCAAUUUUCCUCAUAUGUAUAUAAAAUGGGUGUCUCUGUUCCUUAUCAGGCUUAUCCGGGCAAUGUUUGAGAACAAAGAAAGUGUUGGAAAAUCUUGGAAAAGCUAAAGAGAAAUUAAAAAAAAAAAAAAAAAAACAUGGAACUGAGCUUGGAUUCGAGUUCGGUGUUUAUCCCAACUACCAUUUCUGAGUUUAUUUCGGAAAUUUCAACCAUCAGAGAUAUCUCUGAGAAAUUAUCAAAGCUCGAUGAUUUUGUGAAGAGACUCGAAGAUGAAAUGAAAAAGGUCGAUGCUUUUAAGCGUGAGCUUCCUCUUUGCAUCCUUCUCUUGAAUGAAGCUAUCGAGAGAUUGAAAGAGGAAGCAACGCAGUGUAAGGAAUUGAAAAACGGACCAGUGGUUGAAGAAUUCAUACCAUUGAAAGGAAAUUCUGAUGAAAAUGGAAGGGCGGAUUCGGGAGAUGAUUUCAGUGACAAGAGGAACUGGAUGAGCUCUGCACAGCUAUGGAGCACAAACAUUGACUCCGAUUACAAGAAACGAGAAUGCUCAGUUUCAGAGCUCAAACUGAGAAACGAAGAAGACGAUCGGUCAGUGCCCGAGAACCCAAUAGAACUUUCUUGCAAUUACGGAAACAGGGGAGGGGCUUUUGUGCCAUUCAAGGGAAAAUCAAGUUGUGGUGGUCUACUGAGAAGUGGCCUGAAGGAAGAUAAGGAGGUUUCUCAAGUCCCAAGCCUUUCUCUGAUGCCACCAGUGGCCGCCGAACUGUGUGGUUCUCUCAAUUCCAAAUCCAAUUCCAAUUCAAAGACUAGCCAUGGCUGCAGAGAUGGUGGUGGUUCCAGUUCAUCACUUUUGACAGAUCAAAUGAAAAUACCCAGCAAAACACAGCACCAAACAGCACAGCAGCAGCAGCAGCAGCAACAACAGGCUUUCAGGAAACAGAGACGAUGCUGGUCGCCGGAGCUUCAUCGGCGUUUUAUCGAUGCGCUUCAACAGCUCGGCGGAUCCCAAGCAGCAACACCUAAACAGAUUAGAGAACUUAUGCAGGUUGAAGGCCUAACAAAUGAUGAAGUAAAAAGCCAUUUGCAGAAAUAUAGACUUCAUGUGCGAAAGCUACCGCCUUCAUCGGCUGCCCAAGGAGGUAACCUAUGGAUGGCCCAUGAACAAAGUCCAGACAACUCGAAGGCAAACAUUUCACAGUCCGGUUCUCCACAAGGUCCCCUUGGUGCAGCUGGGUCUGCUAAAGGCCUAUCUAGUAAUGGAUGUGACAGCAUGGAAGCUGAAGAAGAUGAAAAAUCGGAUGGCCAUAGUUGGAAAUGUGGUCUUCACAAAGCUGAACAAGAUGUUUUAUAGUUCAAAUACAGCUACAGCUAUCCCCAUGAAUUUUGCAGAUUACAAAAGACAUACAUGGGGAAAAAUAAUAUUUUCUUUAUAUCAAGAGCAUAGUGUAAUAAGGGAUAAUUGACAAAAGGACAAGGAUUUGCGGUUGAACUUCUUUUUUGAGGCACUCACCAUAGAGAAGGAGGUGAUGGCUUUUAUUUUAUUUUUUCCAAAAUCACAUGCAAGUUUCUUCCUCUGCUUUGUUUUGCAGAGGUUUGCGUAAUGACCCUUAUCGAUUGGAUUUGUAGGAAAAUGACAUGACAGUGUUUAUGUACUUGAAAUUAAUUCUUAGUGUUUUUAACUCUAUCCUUGUAUUA